ACACAUAUUUGAUAUAAUAAUUUUGUUGAUUCUUUUAAUUAUUAUUAUUAUUGUUAUUAUUAUUAUUUGAACGUAAGGGGUGAGUCAGUUAACGGAUAAUAGGAUGAAGUCGGAAAGCAAUAACGGAUACAUCAGGGCUAAUGUCAUCCCAGAACAAAAUGAAAAUACCUCUCCUUCGGGACAAGACGUUCCUUUAACUGGAAGUCCACUUCAGGUGACCUAUGGACCAACAGGAAGCACAACAGUGACCAGCAUUCUUCAUCCAACGAAUACGAGAAGUCAAGUACCUGGAAUAACACGUGCCACUUCUGUAACAAGAAGACGAAGAGGUGCAUCUGCAAGGCAGCAAAUGUUAGGCAUUUUUGCUGUAAUAUUGCUCGCCAUUUCUAUAUUAAUUCUUCUUAUCUUGGUAUUAAAUACAACGCGGGAAUGCGUCCAAGAACCACGUCCAAACGUGUGCAUGUCCGAAGAAUGCGUGAGAACCGCUGCAAGUUUGCUAUCAGCCAUGGACAGAACUGUAUCACCUUGCGAUAACUUUUUUCUAUACGCAUGCGGUACUUGGAAUCGUUUGCAUGUAAUACCAGAAGACAGAAGUUCUAUUAGUACAUUUGAAGUACUCGCUGAUCAAUUGCAAGUUAUUUUGAAACGAGUUCUUGAAGAAUCACCGAACGAGAACGACAAUAAUGCAACCCUCAAGGCCAAAAUGUUCUACAAAUCGUGCAUGGACAUCCCACGCAUCCGAGAUAUCGGUGACAAACCUUUAAAAAAAGUAUUGGCAUCACUUGGUGGUUGGCCUGCGGUGAUUGGAAACUCUUGGAAACCACCACCUUAUUCAAUCGAAGUUCUAUUAGGUCGUCUUCGUGGUGAAUACAAUGAAGGUAUCCUCAUGGAACAAUGGGUUGGCCCAGACGACAAGAAUUCCUCAACCAACAUCCUGCAGUUGGACCAGAUGCAGUUUGCGUUACCUAGUAGGGAUUAUUAUUUGAAGAAGAACAGCGAGGCGGAGUUGAAAGCUUAUCAUCGUUACAUGACAAAUGUCGCAGUGUUGCUAGGUGCAAAUCCCGAUACGGCUGCAUACGAGUUCAAUCGCGUGAUCGCCCUUGAAAAAAAACUUGCUAAUGCCUCGUUGCCCGAGGCUGACAGGCACGACACCUCUCUGAUCUACAGAAAGUUAACGUUGCGGGAACUACAAGAAGAAGUGCCGCAACUUCAAUGGAAAGUUUAUCUUCAAGAAUUCGUAAGUGCUCCAAUUACCGAGGACGAGCCUGUAGUAGCAUACGCGAUGCCCUACUUCCUUCAAAUGGGUCGCAUUGUUCAGAAAACUGAUCGCAGAACGUUGCACAAUUAUAUAAUAUGGCGAUUUGUAAUGUCGAUCAUGCCGCAUAUGAUAGACGAAUAUCAGCAAAAGAGAACCGAGUUUCGCAAGAUACUAUCAGGUAUACUAAGUGAAAGAAACAGGUGGUCCGAAUGCGUCGAAUGGACCAAUAGGAAUCUUGGUAUGGCAGUGGGUGCUCUUUUCAUACGUGAUAACUUCAAUCACGAGAGCAAGGAAACGGCUUUGGAAAUGAUACGAACGAUACGUGAAGCUUUCAAUGAAUUGCUUGCUGAAAAUCAAUGGAUGGAUGAUGAAACCAGAACCGUUGCUAAAGGUAAAGCUGAUUCAAUGAAUGAGAGAAUCGGUUAUCCUGAGUUUCUGAAGGAUCCCGUCAAACUUUCAAUGCAAUAUUUGACGUUGAACAUAACGGAGGACCGUUUUUUGGAAAAUGUUUUGGCAGUGCACAAGUACGAAGCUUAUCACAAUCUCCAAGAAUUACGUCAACCAGUCGACAAGGACAAAUGGUCUACGGAACCGGCCGUCUUAAAUGCCUUUUAUAAUCCCAAUAAAAAUGACAUCGUAUUUCCAGCAGGAAUUCUACAACCCCUGUUCUAUUCUCAACACUUUCCUAAAUCAUUGAAUUACGGGGGAAUCGGUGUGGUGAUUGGUCAUGAGAUAACUCACGGUUUCGAUGACAAAGGACGACAAUUUGACAAAGAUGGUAACAUGAUGCAAUGGUGGAAUAAUGCAACUAUUAAAGCAUUUCGAGAGAGAACGCAGUGUAUCGUUGAUCAGUAUUCCGGAUAUAAAUUAGAAGAAGUUGAUCUUUAUAUAAACGGUCGUAUGACGCAAGGUGAAAAUAUUGCUGAUAAUGGUGGACUAAAACAAUCGUUUCGUGCUUACAAAAAAUGGGUCUCGAUACACGGACAGGAACCAUUAUUACCUGGCGUGAAUUUAACUCACGAUCAACUGUUUUUCCUAAAUUAUGCUCAAAUUUGGUGUGGUUCGAUGAGACGGGAAGAUGCUUUAACCAAAAUACGUAGUAGCGUGCAUUCACCUGGUCCUGUUAGAGUGUUAGGUCCGCUUUCUAAUAGUGAGGAUUUUGCAAAGGCCUACAAUUGUCAACCAGGCUCACGGAUGAAUCCAAUCCGUAAAUGUAGCGUCUGGUAAAUAAGUUGACUACAAAUUAUUCAAAAUAAAAAGAAUGUGGGAGAGAAUUUUUCUUUUUUUUUUUCAAAAAAUAUAAUCCAUUUUCAAAUAAAUCUAUUAUAAUAUAGAAAAUGAAUAGUUCAUGAUGAUAUAGAUGAACGAGGUUCUGCAUGAUGUCAUUGUAGUAAAUCCAAUAUGGAGUCCAUGUUUCGUGGUAGCCAUUUUUUCAGGCGCCAUUUAAGAUGCAUAUCGAACUUUAUUUACAAUUUUAUCUUCGAAAAAAUGCAGUAAUAUAGACGAAGAUGAUGAUAGUCAUAUGAAAGAGAGGGGAAUGGUAAUAUAUAUAUAUGAGUCUAAGAGACCUAAACGGAGUUGUUCAAGUAUCGUUCAAGUGGUAUAUCAUCAUCAACGAGAUAUCGAGCUUUAAUAACGAUCAAUAAAUAUCAAACGGCCACGGUUAUUUGGACAGCUCCUCUAUAGGGGAGAAGAAAUAAAGCGUAUGUAUAUAUUCAAUGUAUACGUCUGUAUGUGUGGAUGCACGAAUGUGUGUAUGUAUGUAUGUAUAUCUGCAAAAGGAUCUAAACUGACGAUAAACGUUUUUCGCGUGAGCAAAUACACAUAUGGAAGUAUAAAAAAAAAAAAUAAAGUACAUAGUUACUAUUAGAAAAUUUCACGAUGAAGUACUCAAGAAUUUUGAAUUGCAAACAUUUCCCAUAAGAAUGGGAAUUAAAAUAAUUAUUCAUUUUAUAUAUGUUAAAUAUUUGUAAUGGAAAUCCAUUUUAGAUAGAUUCAUGGAAUAGCACGUACAUAAUAUAUAAAUUAAUUAAUUAAUAAUUAAUAGUAAUAAUAAUUAUUAUUAUAAUAAUAAUAACAUUAAAAAUAAUAAAUCCCCUGCGGAUUUUGGGAGAAGACCGCAGUACCCCCUACUUGUCGUAAGAGGCGACUAAAAGGGAAACCAUUAACGAAGAUUGAUUUCCUUCACUCUUAAUAAUAAUAAUAAUAAUAAUAAUAAUAAUAAUAAUAAUAAUAAUAAUAAUAAUAAUAAUAAUAAUUGUUAAAUUGCCUGAAUCUGUCGGUUUGCGUUAUUAGUGAAUGAACAACAACAGCAGUAACAUCAGUAACAAUAAUAACGACACGAUAACAGUAAAACAUUA